AUGGUCAGCGGUUGACGGUUGGUGGCCAACUCAGUAUUUGUUCCUUGAAUCGAAAAAAAACCAUUGUACUUCAUUGUAUCCUAAAGAGAUAAUUCUACUAUUCGAUCUGCUUGUGCCUGAAGGGCGAACCAGCUAAGGAAUAUCAGUUUACCGAUACAUGGCCGAUACAGCAAGAAGAAGGUCUAGACGAAGCCUGCGGGGAACUGAAUUCUCCGAGAAAUCCUCCAACGCAGAUCAGAUUGACUCGUAUUCACAACUCCGGGUAGUAGAUUUGCGCAAAGAACUUAAAUUACGUGGAGCUUCCCCUUACGGACUAAAGGCUGAACUGGUUGCUCGACUGAGGAAGUUGGACACAGAAUCCAAAAACACAGAAACAAAAAAUGUACCGGACGAAAUGCCGGCAAACUCUUUGCUAAGAAAUGACCAAAUGAACCAUGUAGAGGGCCCAAGAGAGAGAUCCAAGCCAUCAACAACAGAGAGUGAGAUACCUAAUAACGGCACAGCUCACCAUACAAUGAGCUCUGACCCUGCAUUUGAGGAGGAGCUGAGACGCCAGCGCAAGCUGGACCAACAGAAGCGCCAUAAGAUAGUACUAUGGAGAAGACCUAUAACUACGCUGCACUAUUUUGUUCUUGAAGUCAUUAUUUUAUUACAUGACUACAAAGAGAGAGUUUUGAAGCACAGAAAGACCUGUUCAUUGAUUACAUUUAUUACUCUUACCACAUUACUGGUGUAUAAUGUUGAUGGUGCCCAUCACCAUUACAUUGACGAAAUAGAGGCACUUGCUGUAUGGUGUGCGUACUGGGUCGGUCUUGGUAUUCUCUCUUCUGUUGGGCUAGGCACAGGCCUCCAUACUUUUCUACUUUACCUGGGGCCACAUAUAGCUUCCGUGACUCUGGCUGCCUGGGAGUGCGUCAGUCUGGAUUUCCCUGAGCCCCCUUAUCCUACUGACAUCAAGUGCCCAGCUCCAGGCCAUGUUUCCUCAUCCCCAGUCAACAUGUGGACAAUUAUGAGUAAAGUCAGGCUAGAGGCAUUUAUGUGGGGAGCUGGAACAGCUCUUGGAGAAUUGCCACCUUAUUUCAUGGCAAGAGCAGCACGGUUGUCUGGUGUUGAGCCUGAUGAUGAGGAAUUGGACGAAGUUGAAGAGCUGGAAAGAAUGACCUCAGCCGCUGGCCAGGACUUGUGGACAAAGGCAAAGAAGUUUGUUCAUGACUUUGUCGAAAGAGUCGGAUUCUUUGGGAUUUUAAUCUGUGCAUCUGUCCCAAACCCACUAUUUGAUCUGGCAGGAAUAACAUGUGGUCAUUGCUUAGUGCCCUUCUGGACAUUCUUUGGUGCCACACUCAUUGGCAAAGCUGUUAUUAAGAUGCACAUACAAAAAUCCUUUGUAAUCUUGUCAUUUAGUAAACACUACGUUGAAUCAGUGCUGGAGUUUGUCGGCACUAUCCCUGCUGUUGGACCAUAUAUCCAGAAACCAUUUAAAAUUGCCCUGGAAAAGCAGAAGGAGAAGCUUCGAGGCAAGAGUGGGAAGGGAACAGUUGCCUCGGAGCCCAACAUUUUGGCGUGGGUCUUCGAGAAAGUAGUGAUUGCUAUGAUUGUCUACUUUCUUCUAUCGAUUAUUAACUCUAUGGCACAGGCCUAUGCCAAACGACUAGAUGAAGAGAAGCGACAAUUGAUGAAACAAGAGAAAGGAGAAUGAAAUCAAUUGACUUAUCACAGCAUCACUAUAUUUUAUUUCAACAAACUUUAUGCUUUCGACAUUUUAUGUAAUGCCAAUAACUCUCGGACCUUUUUCGUUUGUUUUAAUACCCAGUGUCUUAAACAGAUUCAUAAGUGCUGAAUGUAAUUGUGGACUGAAUUUUGGAAAAUAAACUGAAGUAAAUAUCAAAAACAAAACCAAA